UUACUACCUUAUACAAGUACUCGAAUCUCUACGAAAAUAUAAUUCCCAUAAUCUAGCAACAACCUCGUCUGCUUUAUUGUUCUUUCCUUCUUUUCUAUUUUUUCUUUGGGAAAAGAAAAUCGUCAAAAUGGUAAACGUGCCGAAACAGCGUCGCACCUUCUGCAAAAAGUGUAAGUGUCACAAGUUGCAUAAAGUAACCCAAUAUAAGAAGUCGAAAGAGCGAAAAAGCGCACAGGGUAGACGUCGUUAUGAUAGAAAACAACAGGGCUUCGGUGGUCAAACAAAACCCAUCUUCCGGAAAAAGGCUAAAACUACUAAAAAGAUUGUCUUGCGUAUGGAAUGCACAGAAUGCAAAUACCGCAAACAAACUCCAUUAAAGCGUUGUAAACAUUUCGAAUUGGGUGGCGAUAAAAAACGAAAAGGACAAAUGAUUCAAUUCUAAAUUUGGUUAUAAGACCUCUUUUUUUACCGCUUCUAAACGUAGUUCGUCAUGUUAGUUGUAAAAAUUGUAAUAAUUUUUGCGAAAAGGUAUAAGAAAAAUAUAAGUGAACACACA